AAUCAUUGAAAGAGUAAUUUCCCAUUGAGACGUUGUUGACCUUCCUUUAAUUUUAGUUCACGGCUUUUUGAGUCGAGUGGAAGGGGAGUUCAAACUCCUCUUGUGCUUGACGGAGUCUGCAGUUACCGCAGAAUAGUUGAACGUUUUUUGAUCGAAAGGACACUUAUUUCCAAAGUCAUUUGUCUUGGUGAAGGCGGUAAAGCGCAUCAGUUAUGGCGGAAGGAUUCACACCAGUAACUGGAGUAAAACUUGAUUGUCAUGAAAGCACAUCUAAUGAUAUGGCAGAGGAUUCCGAAGAUAAAGAGAGACUCGACGAUGCCACUUUGAGAGCGAAAGCAAAAGUUUUUCUCGAGAAAGGCAACGAAGCUUACAAACAAGAAAAGGAUUACACAUGCGCAGUCCAUUUUUACACGCAAGGCAUUCACGUGGAGUGCAAAGAUACCCGACUUAUCGCCAUACUAUACAGCAACAGGGCAGCAGCUCAUUUCCAUCUGGGAAAUUACCGAGAAACACUGGCAGAUGCAAAGCUUGCUCUUCUACUGGAGCCAACACUCAUAAAAGCUAUAGAACGGG